AUGAGAAGAGGCGCUUAUCGAGAAAGUGGGCCCAUAGCAUUGUCUCAACUUGAUAAUACGAUCAUGACAAAUCAGAGCGAGCAGUUCAAUGUUGAAGCAUCAUCUCCGAGAGAUCUUAAUUUAAACUAUAGAAACAUAAAUUAUAUGGAGGGUAGUGCAUUUGGAAGUUACAAAGCACAUCCCUCGAGCGGGAUAGGCGCACGCAGCGCGGUACAGGGUAGCGGUGCUGGCGCGGGCGGUGAGAGUGAUGAGUCACCGCAAACGGCGAACGCACCGAGCGCUCCGAGCGCGCAGCCAAGCCGGACAGCGGGGCCAGAUGCGGGGCCAGCCCGUGUGUUAUCGUUCGCCGAGGUGACUAAAACAGAAGACGACGCAUCAAUGGAUGUUAAUGUGGAAGACGAUGAUAUACAAAAAGUAAUACGCCAACUGAAAGAACUUGAAAAAUACAGACCUGAGCCUCAACUAGAGACAGUGAUAAUUUCAGACUCAGACUCGAGUGUGACGGAACAUGUAGAAUUGUUCGAAGAAAAUUACCCUGUACCAUCUGUAACUAACAGUAGUAGAAAAGACACGAUACACUCAAAUAUUGAAUCUGAGUCAACAUCAAUCCCAAUUUUGAGCGAGGCAAUAGAUACCAAACCAAAUCAGACCUAG